GGCCAGGGCACGUUCGGGACUGUAUACAAGGGCCGCUGCAGACGCACGGGCCAAACUGUGGCGCUCAAGGUUUCACGCCGCCAAGGCGACACGAGCGUUCUCCGCGAGAUGAAUAUCUUACAGAGAUUUCUGCACGACAACGUCGUUCGCCUUUGCGAUAUCAUUGACCCCGAGAAUAAGCCUACCCUCGUUCUUGAGUUCUGCGCCAGUGACCUCCGGAAGUACAUGCGUCAAUACGGAAAGCAGGGCGCGCUCGAUCAGGACGCUGCUCUCGCGGUCAUGCAUCAGCUUUUAGGGGGAACCGCUUUUUGCCACAGAAACGGGAUCAUGCACCGAGAUCUCAAGCCAGAAAACCUGCUCGUGGAUUCAGAGGGCACAGUCAAGUUGGCUGACUUCGGCUCCGCGCGCAAGAUCGGUGGUCCUGGGACUAUGUAUACGCCCGUCGGCACAACGCUGUGGUAUCGUGCGCCGGAGAUACUGCUAGGAGCACAGACGCACAACGAGCUGGUGGAUGAAUGGUCCUGUGGGUGCAUCUUUGCGGAAAUGAUUCAGGGACAUGCAUUAUUCCGAGGGCAAGACGAUGAAGAUCAGAUGAUUUGCAUCAUGCGUGACUUCGGGACCCCGAUGCCAGAACAGCUGCAGGAGAUGCGACCCGAAAUUCGCGAGCAGUCAGUAUCAUCUACUGCUUACCGGGGACGCCCCCUGGGGCAAAUCGUGCCCAAGGCAAAGCCGCAAUCCUCCGAGCUGCUUCGAUACCUUUUGAAGUUCAACCCGGCUAAACGCGUCACCGCCGACAACGCCCUCCGACACCCAUACUUCACACCUGCGCGCGCUCCUCCAAAUACGCCACUGCGUAUCGGAGGGCACCGUCUCAAAGCAUGCCCACGUACCGGAGGUCGCAAGCUCAAUACACGCCCGCGCACGCCAGGGCACCUCCUCAAUACGUGCCCGCGUACCCAAGGGCGCCUGCCCAGCACAUGCGCGCGCCUUCGAGGGCUCCGCCAGCCUACGCGGACCGGUCUCCAUAUGUUCAAGUAUGGUCUCAGGUGCAGUGCUGGGACGGUCAUCGGUACUGGCAGGCGCAGCAGUAUCAGCGAUACGGCUGCGGUUAAUUUCAACAAUCUAGGCGGUGAGACUGGUUGGUGGGGACAUUCGUCAAGGUAG